AUGCCGAUUGAGGCUCUUCCCCAGAAAACAAUCCGGGCGAUUGGCUCCACAUCCGUCAUUUCGGAUCCCUACUCUGUUGUCAAGGAACUUGUAGACAAUGCCCUGGAUGCUUCUGCUACGUCUUUGCAGGUUGAAAUUUCUCCAAAUACUGUGGAUGUCAUACAGCUCAAGGACAAUGGUCAUGGCAUCUCUCCAGAGGACCAGCAACAUGUGUGCAAACGAGCUUUUACCAGCAAGAUCCAAACUUUAGAUGAUCUCAAAAAUGUCGGUGGGUCAUCAUUGGGAUUUCGUGGUGAAGCACUUGCCAGUGUCGCAGAGAUGUCCGGGAUCCUCGUUGUCACCACUCGAGUUGAGUCCGAAGUUGCCGGGUCAUGUUUGAAGUACGGAAGAAACGGAGAACUUACUGGGUAUAUUGACCGUGCGGAACGGACGUCACAUCCAGUGGGCACAACUGUCCGUAUCACGGACUUUCUCAAACACAUUCCUGUUCGCAGGCAGACUGCCCUGAAGGGCGCUGCGAGAAAUCUCACAAGGAUCAAAAAGCUUCUCCAGGCAUAUGCUAUAGCUCAACCAUCCAAGAGGCUUUCACUCAAAGUUCUGAAGGCGAAAAAUGAAAGCAGUAAUUGGACAUACGCGCCAAGCGCAGACGCCUCGCUCUCGGAUGCAGCUCUCAAGGUGGCCGGCACAGAAGUGUCUUCUUCUUGUGCCGUGAAGCGACUUUCCUCCCAGAACAUCACUGAGAAUCAACAAGGAUCAUCAGACCGGGAAGAGUAUGGAGCCGUCGCCUUUCUUCCGAAAACACAAUUUGAUACCUCCAAGAUCAACAACACAGGCCAGUACAUCAGCGUGGAUGGCCGCCCUCUCUCUAGUAGCAGGGGGAUUGGGAAUGAGAUUGUCAGAAUUUUCAAGCCAUAUGUCCGGGUCGCCGCAUCCAAAAACGAAUCCUCCAAGGCGGUUAUCGACCCUUUUCUCUGCUUGCAAAUUCGUUGUCCUCGGGGAACGUACGAUGUCAACAUCGAGCCGAGCAAAGAUGAUCUGCUCUUCGAAGAUCGAGAUGCAGUCUUGGCCUUGGUGGACAAUUUGUUUCGCGACCACUAUGGAGAAAUAAAUGGGACAGAAACAACAAAUUCCAAGCAAGAAACACAGGACGCUUGCAAAUCCAAUGACAGGUCAGGGGGAUUUGGACUUUUGAUGGCUAGGAAGCCAGCUUCGGAACUUGCCACACAGCCUCGCAAUCCUGACAAACCCUUCAGUGAAGCUAUACCCCACACGCCUCUCCCACAGAAGCCCGUUCAGUCUCAGUACCCCUUUUCGCCUGCAGUUCCUUCUAGCAGCAAGGGUCCCGGAAGCCCUAACGAAUCGGCCGCCGCUAGGAAAAACAAUCCAGCUUCGUCAAUCCGUGGUCUAUAUCUAGAAUCAAUGCCUCGUUUCUUCAAACACCGCGAGGCGGAAGCAAUUCUCUCAGCCAAAGCAGUAGCCUGCAAGAGCCAAUUCGGAGGGAGAGUGUAUCGCAAGACCUCCAGCAUUCGCCAAACUCGGGUUUCACAAUCGACUGCGUCCUCCCCUGGGACUGAUCGAAUUUCGAGCGCCCGACGUGCUGAGAGGGAACGUGAUCGAGAUCGGUAUGGGAACGGCGCUUUAGACACUUGGUUUCAGCGGACUACACAAGUCUCGCUGGAGCAGAACCCUGUUGAGGAAGGACCGACUGAGGAACCGGAUUCACCGCUUUCCUUCCUUGCCGAGCAACGAUUUGGAUUGCCAACGAACACUUCGCCAAAUAUUAUACCUGUCGAUGGGCCGAAUGAUGGCUUUUCGGACAGUCCAUCUGAAAAUCACAUCACUCCAGAACCCGCUGGUCAUGGGUCUGCGCUACCCGAAGACCAAGGUGCCCAUAUUCCAGAGUCAAUGGAUAGUGGCCGAGGAUUUCCGGUUCUUGAAAGAUGGGCCGCUCAACUUCAUCACGGCAUCAGUCAUGAGCAAUCAUCUGAUCUGGAGAAAGCACUUGACUUUGAAAGGCGGAAGAAAGAAGCCAUUCAGAACAGUCGCACACGCUUCAGGCAGAACGAUAAACGAUCCAGUUCCCAGUCUGCCGCAGUAUCUCAUUUGCCUCAUAGCAGUCGGUAUCUUGCCGCAAAAUCUGCGUUAACUUCAUCGCAAACUUCGAUCGGCGAGCCGGUCUCUGCGACAACCCUCUCUCCUCGUGAUCCGCGAGCAUAUCUCAUCCGCCAGGGAAAGGAACAUUCUACCGAUGAUCCCUCGACGAAGGAUGGAAAGGCUCGGAAACUACCCACCAGCCGACUUCCAUUCGAACGUAUACCCGAUGGCUCAGACCUGCAUGAUCUCGGUCUAACCUGCUCGGUUGACCUGUCGUCCGGCUCGAACUUGUUCAAGCAGAAUAUCCCCGAGGAUCUAUAUACUGAAAAUUACAACGAAACUACAUCCUUCUCAGCAUCUGAUCUUGAAACCUGCAUACCGUUCUGGAAUGAACGGUUGAUUCUUAUCAUGGAGCAGCAAUACAAGAACAAGGAUGAAUCAAAGACUUUGAGCGUUCAAAUUGAUCUUGCCCCCAUUAUUUCUGAACAUUUGGAAAAAUAG